UCUUCUCGUUAGAUGGACGGACUAUAAUCAUUGCUAGUCAUUGUUAUCAAAGAUGGCGGCAGCCGUGGCACCAAGGGAUGUUAAUACAUAUUUGAGUGAAAAUCAAAAUGUUGCAGACAAAGAAUUGGCUGCUGAAUGGGCCCAACUUGAAGAACUAUAUAAUAAAAGGCUUUGGCAUCAGUUGACACUUAAAUUAGAAACAUUUGUGAAGAAUCCAGCGCUUCUGAAGGGAGAUAAUUUGGUACAACUAUACGUUAACUUUUUAUCUACCUUUGAAAACAAAAUAAAUCCUUUGUCACUGGUAGAAAUAUUAGCAUAUGUAAUACACCAGUUUCAAGAUAAACAGGAAGCAAUUGAAUUUUUGGAAAAAACUGAGCCUAAAGUUAAAAGCAGUAAUGAAGCUGUGGCUCUCUGUAAAGUCCUUGCAGGGCAGAUUUUAUUGGAUAAGUUAAAUAAUCAAGAGCAAACGAAAAAGAUAAUAGAAGAAGUAGAGGCUAUGUUGGAUAAUGCUGACGGUAUUACUACAGUUCAUGGCAGAUUUUAUCUAUUAGCCAGCCGUCUCUAUCGUUUACAAGGAAAGCAUGCAGAAUAUUAUCGCACUGCCCUCAGAUAUUUGGGUUGUAUUGAUUUAAAUACCUUAAGUAAACUAGAACAGGAACAACAUGCAUUUUUUCUUGGUCUGGCAGCACUUUUAGGUGAGGGCGUUUAUAAUCUCGGCGAAUUAUUAGCUCAUCCAGUUUUACAAUCCUUAAAAAAUACACCAAACUCUUGGUUGGUUGAUUUAUUACAAGCUUUUAAUGCUGGUGAUAUUGCUGCAUUGGAAAGAUUAAAACCACAGUGGAGCAAAGUUGCUGAUUUAGCUGCACAGGAAUUAAAAUUAAGGCAAAAGAUUUCUCUUUUAUGCCUUAUGGAAAUGACUUUUAAGCGACAAGCUAAUAACAGGCAGUUAACAUUCGCGGAGAUCUCUCAAGAAACUCGUUUACCUCUUGGUGAAGUAGAAUUAUUAGUAAUGAAAGCUUUAGCUCAAGGUUUGGUUCGAGGUGCUAUCGAUCAAGUAGCAGGAACAGUAAAUAUGACCUGGGUACAGCCUCGCGUAUUGGACCGUAGUCAAAUAGCUGGAAUGGUUCAAAGACUCGAUAUAUGGUGUAAAGAUGUUAGCUCAAUGGAGCGUUUAUUGGAAUCUCGAGCCUCCGAGAUUCUUACUCUUUAAUAUUAGGUUUGACAUUUUUUCAUCGAUUCAUUUGUAAGUUGUACUUCUGUAUCGUCGUUAACUCAUUGGCUUAUCAUUAUAUUCAAAUGUCCACAAAUCACUAACUAAAGUUAGUAACAUUGUCAUAAGUCAAUGGGUUAAUGUAAAAGAAAGCAUAAACUCCACUUUCUUGAAUGUAAAAAUUAUAAUACUGUUUACAGGUGAAUGUAAAAAGAAAUACAAAUUGGUUUUGAACAUAACAUACCAAGAAAAACAAUUUCUUACAAGUUUUAACGUUACGCAUAAAGUAAUCAUUUGAAUUUUGCUUUUUUGUUCACAAACUUUGUACUAUGAUUGAAAUAUUUUUCGCGUUUCUCUAUUUAAUUGUGCAUUUAUACUUAAAAUAUCAAUAAUUUUGUAUACAUACGCAUACUAUUUCUGUAUAUCAUAUAAUAGAAUCACGACGUAUAAAUAUUGGUUUCUACAUAAAGAAAUGAAGAAAAAAAUUUUUCUUUCAAAUUGUCUUUUUUGAUUCGUGUUUUUUCAAUUUGUUUAGUUCUUUAAAAAUGUACUUUACUCUUUUAGUGACGGUUGUGUAUCAUAUUCCAGUAAUAAAAUAUAAUACAAGAAUACAUAAAA